GAGAGGACAGGGGUUUCAUAGUCCUAUGAUGGCAAAAGAAAUACAGGAAUGCUAGAAACGUGUCAAGAAAAGGAGCACUUUAGGUAAAAGAGCAAAGAGCGAGCUCCAGAACGGACAGCGGGAGGGGAAAGAACGUGUCCGGAACUUCAGACCAGUGCAGGGCGCCAGAGAGCGUCAGACCGCGGCGCUGCCGGACAUCGCUAAUUUGUUUGAACCUGAACUUGUCAAGUCACUGGUUUGCAAACUGGAGAAAAUCCGCAGCAACGCGCGCACACGAGAUGCCAGAGGAACUCAGAGAGAUAAACACGGAAAUGGUGGUGGUGGUGGGGGCAAUUACCGGAUGUUCGAAAAAUUGAUGUUCAUGCCGUCAGGUUGGAGGCUCCCUCGUUUGUGCUUGGAUUUCCAGCAUCGGCAGUUUGAGAUCAGAGCGUAAGGUGUCGCUCCUCCAACCUGAGUGCGGCCUCUUCGCGGCGGCAGAGGAGGCCCACGGACUGGCGUCGGAAUGCGAGAAUUGUUCUAGCCGGAGUGCUAAUAGGGACAAGCUCCCAUCGCCUAUCCAAUGCUCCCGCUGGCCUGCGCCUCAAACUCCCAUCACCUAUCCAAUGAUCCCGGUGGCCUGCGCCUCAAACUCCCAUCGCCUAUCCAAUGCUCCCGCUGGCCUGCGCCUCAAGCUCCCAUCGCCUAUCCAAUGCUCCCGCUGGCCUGCGCCUCAAGCUCCCAUCGACUAUCCAAUGAUCCCGGUGGCGUGCGCCUCAAGCUCCCAUCGCCUAUCCAAUGCUCCCGCUGGCCUGCGCCUCAAGCUCCCAUCGCCUAUCCAAUGCUCCCGCUGGCCUGCGCCUCAAGCUCCCAUCGCCUAUCCAAUGCUCCCGCUGGCCUGCGCCUCAAGCUCCCAUCGCCUAUCCAAUGCUCCCGCUGGCCUGCGCCUCAAGCUCCCAUCGCCUAUCCAAUGCUCCCGCUGGCCUGCGCCUCAAGCUCCCAUCGCCUAUCCAAUGCUCCCGCUGGCCUGCGCCUCAAGCUCCCAUCGCCUAUCCAAUGCUCCCGCUGGCCUGCGCCUCAAGCUCCCAUCGCCUAUCCAAUGCUCCCGCUGGCCUGCGCCUCAAGCUCCCAUCGCUUAUCCAAUGAUCCCGGUGGCCUGCGCCUCAAGCUCCCAUCGCCUAUCCAAUGCUCCCGCUGGCCUGCGCCUCAAGCUCCCAUCGCCUAUCCAAUGCUCCCGCUGGCCUGCGCCUCGAGCUCCCAUCGCCUAUCCAAUGAUCCCGGUGGCGUGCGCCUCAAGCUCCCAUCACCUAUCCAAUGCUCCCGCUGGCCUGCGCCUCAAGCUCCCAUCGCCUAUCCAAUGCUCCCGCUGGCCUGCGCCUCAAGCUCCCAUCGCCUAUCCAAUGAUCCCGGUGGCGUGCGCCUCAAGCUCCCAUCACCUAUCCAAUGCUCCCGCUGGCCUGCGCCUCAAGCUCCCAUCGCCUAUCCAAUGAUCCCGGUGGCGUGCGCCUCAAGCUCCCAUCGCCUAUCCAAUGCUCCCGCUGGCCUGCGCCUCAAGCUCCCAUCGCCUAUCCAAUGCUCCCGCUGGCCUGCGCCUCAAGCUCCCAUCGCCUAUCCAAUGCUCCCGCUGGCCUGCGCCUCAAGCUCCCAUCGCCUAUCCAAUGAUCCCGGUGGCCUGUGCCUCAAGCUCCCAUCACCUAUCCAAUGCUCCCGCUGGCCUGCGCCUCAAGCUCCCAUCGCCUAUCCAAUGCUCCCAGUGGCCUGCGCCUCAAGCUCCCAUCGCCUAUCCAAUGCUCCCGCUGGCCUGCGCCUCAAGCUCCCAUCACCUAUCCAAUGCUCCCGCUGGCCUGCGCCUCAAGCUCCCAUCGCCUAUCCAAUGAUCCCGCUGGCCUGCGCCUCAAGCUCCCAUCGCCUAUCCAAUGCUCCCGCUGGCCUGCGCCUCAAGCUCCCAUCGCCUAUCCAAUGAUCCCGGUGGCCUGCGCCUCAAGCUCCCAUCACCUAUCCAAUGAUCCCGGUGGCCUGCGCCUCAAGCUCCCAUCGCCUAUCCAAUGAUCCCGGUGGCCUGCGCCUCAAGCUCCCAUCACCUAUCCAAUGAUCCCGGUGGCCUGCGCCUCAAGCUCCCAUCACCUAUCCAACGGUUCGACGCCUUAUCCGCUCCGAGAGGCAAGCUUUGGAGGAGCAUAUUUAGGAGACCUUUAGGCAUCUGGAUGUGUUCGAGCGUCCACUUCCCCUGCUGACACGGGAUUUUUCUUUGUAUCCAAGAAGGACGGCAGACUGAAACCAGGGAGCGAUGGUCUUCAUGAAUCCUGACCCCCGGGAUGCCUACACCCGGAUUCGAGAGGGAGAUUAAUGGAAGACGCUUUCAACAGUCCCAAAGGACAUCGGCUGAACGCUCUAUCGGUCUUUCGUAUUUUUAUCAACGGUGUACUCCCAGAAAUACUCAACAACUUUUUGUUUGUCUCGGAGGAUAUUCUCCUCUCCAUCGCUUCAGGAGCAGAUCUAACAUGAGCGGAGUGUUCUUCAUCAUCUAUUGGAGAAACAACUUUUUGUAAAACUUGAAGAGUGAGUUCCACGCCGCCGAAGUUUCUUUCCUUGGAUUUGUCACUUCCAUCGAGAAACUAGGGCCGGACCCAGAGAAGACCCAAGCAGUAAGGAAUCGUCCACAGCCUACGUUAGUUAAAAAGCCCCAGCCUCUACACUCCUCCAAUGGGAUACCAUUUUGGUUAUAGUCUUCCCCUACACGCUGAGUAAGUCUGCGAGAUGGGUGCCCCUAUGGCCAUUGAGUUAAGAGGUGUGGGCAUACAUGGUCAAAAGCAAGAUCAGUAUUAACGGCCAACUCUCAACACCAGGCUAAUUGAGAGGCAACGAGCGGGUUUAGCUUUCCACUUGAGAUCUUCCUCUGCGGGUGGAAUCCCGGGAUUUGGCUCCUAAUGUAUUGAUCUUUUUAAAGUUCCAGGAGGAAUCAAUCCGAUGACAUACUGCCUACAAUUACCACGGCAUCUGAAUUCUGCGUAUUCAUCUUGCCUCUAAUGCUUCCCGCCUCAAGCCCGUACUGUCCUAGUCCCUCAGCUCCUGUUUCCAAGCCUCCUCCACAACCUCAUUUUGACGACAGUCAACAAGUAUACAUGGUUUAACGAUUGUUUUUCAUGGUACAUUAAUGGCCUUUUGGACUUGGAGGGUUAUGACCCGGAGGAGAAUUGCUUCCCAUAACAUGUUGGACCCUCAGUUAUUUCAGACUACGUAGCAGAUAUCCAGACCCCUCAGGUCCGACAGGUGCCGGUCAUUGUCGUGGGGGGUGGGGUUGGUGGGGUGGGUGGGGGUUGCGGGCUCUUGUCAUGAACUCUUCAGACCAGUGUGAGGCGCCAGAGAGCGGAAGGUCUCUGUACUCCCGACGCAUCAAGAACAUUCCACUUUGUUUUUAGCUAGAACUUGUCAAAUGACAGGUUUAGUUGUUAAACUCGUGUUUUCAUGAUGCUUGUUUUGAAUGCGGGUUCUUUGUGCAUCCUGUUUUGUUUUAGUUUAUUGAUCUUGAUAUGGAUGGGGUUUCUGUGCUAUAUGCACUAUUUAAUUUCGUCUCAACUAGUAUUCAUCGGAUUCCGAACGAACUAACGUUUUGUGUGUACUCUAGCCCUCUCGAGCAAGUACAACAAGUCAUUUGUUAUUCCUGUUAUGUUCUUCAAAUAAAUCAUCGUUGUUACUUUUUCA